AACUGAAACUAUCAUGAUUGCUGCACAAUAAUUUAAAAUAAUGGAAGGAAGCUAUGACGCCUGGGUUGUGUUUGUUUCACUAAUCCUGUUUUUCAUUGCCGGGUGGAUUUUUUAUACAAAACAGUUGUUCAAAAAUUAUGAAGUGCACAAUAGAGUCGUUCAGUUCAUAUUCUCGUUCACAUUUUCCCUAUCCUGCUCACUUUUUGAGUUGAUCAUUUUUGAAAUUGCGGAUAUUUUGGAUCCAACUUCUCGUCAAAAAUGUUGGACAAACUGCCUUUCAAUAAUACUUCUCACUUUGGUUAUUCUUAUACCGUUGUACAUGGCUUACAUGAUUAUUCAAACAAUACCAUUUAUUCAACCAAAACUACAUUUUCCAUUCACAAUUUUUUCAUGGUUCAUUUUCUUAUAUUUCUUCUGGAAAAUUGGAGAUCCGUUCCCAAUUUUGAGUGCAAAACAUGGAAUUUUUACAAUUGAACAAGUGAUUUCUCGAGUUGGAGUGAUUGGUGUGACGGUUAUGGCUGUGUUAUCUGGCUUUGGAGCUGUGAAUGCUCCAUACUCAUAUAUGACUAUUUUCAUGAGACCAGUGGAAGAGAUUCAAGCUCAACAAUUGGAAAAACGUCUGAAGCAUGCAAUGGACAUGAUUGUGAGCAAAAAACAAAAAAUGGCAAGGAAUCAAUUAGAAUUAAAACGAUUGACUGCGGAAAAAGUUUCACAAGAGCCAAGCUUCCUAUCAAAACUUUGGUCAAACUUCAGUGAAAACAGCAACGAAAACAACUUACAGUCACAGAUAAGCAAGAUGCAAAACGAGAUCAAACCAUUGGAGACAUUGAGCAGAUAUUUGUUUUUGGAAUUGGUGGAGUUGCGGAAUAUGUUAGAAAGGGUUGCUUUUAGCAAAACGUUCAUUGGAAUAUAUUUCAACGUGCUUGGUCAUUUUUUCUCACUUUAUUGCGUUUGGAAAAUUUUUAUAUCUCUCGUUAACAUACUAUUUGAUAGAGUCGGAAAGGUGGACCCUGUGACGCGGUUGAUAGAAGUUAGUGUAAACUACGUUGGCAUUGAUAUGGACGUCCGCUACUGGUCACAGUACAUCUCCUUCUUUCUGGUAGGAGUCAUUGCUAUUACAUCAGUCAGAGGUCUUCUUAUCACAAUGGCAAAAUUCUUCGUGUCAAUUUCGAAUGUCCGUUCAUCCAAUAUAAUCGUUCUCGGAUUUGCGCAAAUCAUGGGCAUGUACUUUGUUUCAAGUGUGCUGCUGAUGCGAAUGAACGUGCCGCCAGAGUAUCGCAAAAUUCUAACAAGAAUCUUAGGAGAUCUUCAGUUCAAUUUUUAUCAUCGCUGGUUUGAUGUGAUUUUCUUAAUAUCUGCAGUAACUUCUAUUGCGGUCUUUAGUCUUAUUAGAAAAUCGGGAGACACUAGAUUCAAACACUGAUAUUCAAGUCUUUCAUUCUUGUUUUUUUGGGGUAAGCUUUCAUGCAGGUAUAGGUUGAUCAGGUUUUCAGUUACAGUUGUUUUUCAAUUUUGCCUUUGCCUAGGGGCUCAUUUAAAUCUGGUAAUUUAUUGUGAACAUUCCAUUCAAAUUUUCCCGCUUAAUUGUAUUCUUGGAAAUCUUGGUGAAAUAAAAAGUUUGUAUAUUACAA